AUGAUUUUUGAGAUUUCAAAUUACUGUAAAGAUAUCAGUAAUUGUUUUAUAUCCUCUAAUAUCAAUUCAUGUUAGAAUGGAGCAUUUUUGCUUGAAAAAAUCCAAACCUUACAAGUAUUGUGACUAAUAAUAUUAUUUGAUAGGAUAGCUUGAAAGAGUUUGAUUUUUGGUUUAAAACUUAAUUCAAUAAUGAAGAACUUUUGGUUAAUUACAUUUACACUGAAUUACUAGAAGUUAGAAAAAUUAAUAAAGUUGUGUAAUUUAAAAAAAUUGAUGAAAAAUCAUCAGAAAUCAAAGGCUUAAGUAUUGAUUCAUAGAAGAGUGCAGAAACUUAAUCCAGCAUUUGUAGUGCAAUGUAGUAUAAUUAAACAUAGCUUUAGAACUAAUUAUAGACAAUACUCUAAAAAAUUAUAGAAAAAAGGAUAAUUAUUGAUGGAACUUCUUAAUAAUAACAAAGAAGAACAAAUAAAUUAAUCAAAUCUCUAAACUCCUCCAAAAUCUUAUUCACUUGAUAAAAUAUAUUAUGUGAUUAAUUUUGAAAUUAAUUGUUUGAAACAGUAUGAAAUAAGUGGAGAAGAAGAAAUUUAAUUGUAAAAGAUCUAAGACAAAGAAAUAUUAAAGUGGAUACUUGAAACAGUCUAAGCAAAAAAUCAUUACAAAUAAAUUUUAUAAUGUUUAAUAAACUCUGCAUAAGAUUUAGCAAAUUAUUAGAUGGAAGAUUAUACUUAAGCUAUUGAAAAAUUAAACUUUUAGGGAUCCUCAUUUACUAAUGAAGAAUAUAAACGAUCUAUUAGCAACUAAUCUUUUUAGAUGAAUUAAGAUGCUUUUAAAUAAUUGAUAGUAGAUAAAAUAAAAUAAAGUAUGUUAGAAUAAAAUUAAAAAAAAUAAAAAAAGAGAAUUUCAUCCAAUAAAUAUGAUAGUACAGAUUCAAAAGUCUGUAUGUGUUCAAUAUUUUGA